AUGCCACUGGUGGACCGGCAUCCGCCGGUUCAACUCCUACAGGAGGAAGUGAAGACGUCUGGACCUCUUGGCAGUGUCCAGGAGAGUGAGGACAGGUGCAGCAAGCAAGCCUUCAAGACCCGCAGGGUCACACGGCAAGUGAGCCAGGAGCCGAACCUGUCAACCUGGAGAGCCCACCGUGCUCGGCCCAUUAGACAGCGAAUGGCUUCUCUCCUGAGCAGAGCACGGAGGAAAGUGGCCUUGGCACCAGGAUCACACCGCAGCCGCAGAGCAAGCGAGCAGGAGCGAGAAGACCAAGAUGCAGCCCUGAGCCAUGACUCGAGGCGGUUCGGGGGCAGAGAGAGGGAGGCGGGCGGUGCCCAGAACAGGCUGGGGCUUAGCGACCUCGGGAACAAGCCUGAAGUCACACAGCCCACAGGUCAGGAAGCUGGAGGUCGUCUGAGAAAAGCUGGUCUCUCUGGCUCCAAGCCCGCACUCCCCCACCCACCUUGUUCUGUUUUGGAGCCGCUGAGGACAGAGAAGUGGGGUUCUAAAAACCCCAAGGGCAUCUGA